CGGCGCCGGAGAAGAAUGUCCUAUCUCAAGCCCACUGGGGGAGAUCUCGAACGCUUCGACGGCCUUUCUCUCAUUUAUUGGACUCUGAUGGGACCAUACGGCAUGGAUCGGACUGUGCACUGCGUGGACUUCUACGACUGCGCCAACUGACUGGGUAUCAAGGUGAUUGGUGGCAUCAGGGAGUUCACAGGAGAGGAAUACGGGGUUUACGUCAAGAGGAUCCUCCCAGGGGGCAUUGCGUACGCUGACGGCCGCCUGCAACCCGGAGACCAGAUCUUAGAAGUGAACGGAGACAGCCUUAUCGGAGUAACAAGUGAGAGAGCUGUGGAUAUUCUCAGGACGGCCUCUGCCACCAGCUACAUGCGCCUUCUCAUCGCCCGAGACGACGACGCCCGGAGAGAGUUUUCUGAGCUACUGGACAAAUUCGGCUCUCACAGCAACACGGGUUCAGCUCGGAGUUCGCCCGUUCUCUAUGGCGGGGGCAGGUAUUUGGAAAGCACUUCCUCGGGGUCGUCCUCUCGCUCCCAGAGUCCUUUGCUGCUGAGCCCGGCAAACUCCCACGGUCCACUGAUUGGAAAUUCAGGACACUCCCUGCACCCCGCCUCACACUGUUCGAUCGAAUCUGGGAUUCAGAGCAUCUCUAUAGCCAAAUCUUCUGGGUUAGGUCUGAUUAUCAGUGGAGGAGCCAACAGGCCAGACGGGCCCAUGGUUUACGUCCAAGAAGUGCAGCCAGAAGGCGACUGCUGUCGGGAUGGGCGUCUCCGACCCGGCGACCAGCUGAUCGCCAUCAACAAGGACUCACUGGUGGGGGCCACUCACGAGGAGGCCAAAAGGAUCCUGGUGAAAACAAAGUUCCGGUAA